GUCUUGGAGGGAGAGACAUGGCUAAGGUAGACCAAAGACAAACAUCAGAGGGUAUUAGGAGGCGUUUACAGGUUUCAACACAGCAUUCACAAUGGUUGAGUGGAAGGCCUCUAGUGUUUUAAUAACUGGGGGGAACAGAGGUAUUGGACUGGAGAUGGUGAGGCAGUUUCUGGAGUCCCCCAACCCACCAGACCGGGUGUUUGCUGGCUGCCGGGAUCCAGAGGGCCCACGAGCUAAGUGUUUGAAGGAUCUCUCAAAGAAGCACUCUGAACGGCUUUUCAUUGUCCAGCUUGACACAACAGAUCCAGUGAGCAUCAAGGAAGCAGCGAAGCAGGUGGGAUCCAAACUGAAUAAAAGAGGACUCAAUUUAUUGAUAAAUAACGCAGCCAUUAACUUGAAUGGAACUCUGGAUGAAACGGACAGCGAUGGCAUGAUGCACUGCUAUAAAACAAAUGUAGUGGGACCAAUGCUAAUGGCCAAGGAAUUCCUGCCCUGCCUGCAGAUGGCGGCCCAGACCAGUGAUCUUCAGGGAAUGUGCUGCAGGAAGGCAGCAGUGAUCAAUCUGUCCAGCCUGGUGGCGUCCAUUGAGAAGUGCUAUGAGACUUUCAGCAUGGUGCCCAUGUACCCCUACCGCACCAGCAAGGCAGCCUUGAACAUGCUGACCCGGUGUCUUUCUGAAGACUUCAGGAAAGAGGGAAUUCUGUGCACUGCAAUCCAUCCUGGAUGGGUGAAAACUGAUAUGGGGGGUAAAGAAGCCCCCCUGGACGCAGUGGACAGUGUCGUGGGGAUGUUUCAGGUGCUGUCUGCUCUCACAGAGAAGAACACGGGACAGUGUCUAGACUGGGAAGGAAAGAUCAUCCCCUGGUGAGACCAAAACCACCAGUCCACUGAGCCAGGCCAGGAGAAGAAAGAAAACAAGCAGCAGCCACUGCUUUACUGUAUUCAAUUGAUGCAUAUCAAUAAACAGCUGGUUUGUGCAGUA